GCUCUCUGUGUCUUUAAAUGCUCAGUGCGAGCGCGUUGGACUGGAGCAGAAGACGCGUUUACUUCAGUCUGUACAGGGACAGUCACCCUUGAAAAACACGAGAUUACCACAGCUACAGAACACCACCUCGGAUUACCAAAUCUGACUCGAAACAUCUGGCCAGCUGCUCAUGAAGCCGAAGCGGGGUUGUGCUCUGUAUUUAGCAGAGCCCCCCCUUUCCUCCUCCUUGUGUCCACCGCCCCCACGGAGGAAAUAAACAGGAACACGGACCCUUUCUCUCCGUUACUGUCGGCUUCUGGACUUCUCGAACCUCGGCCACCGCGCUGGACGCUGAAACGCACGAGGACGCGGUGUGAAAUAAAGAGCAGGAUUAGGAAUACGAGCCUAGAAAAGGACAUUUCUUGUUCUACGAGGAGGUAUCCGAAAGAGAUGAGGAUAUGCUAUGAGAUUGGAAUCAUAGCAACUGAGCGUUAUCCUCUAAAAAUGACGGAUUAAAAAGGCUGAUGACGGAUUAAAUGACGGAUUAAAUGGCGGAUUAAAUGUGCUGGGAACACUGAAUUGAAGAAGUUCAGAUGACAGAUGAUGAACUGUGAAACGGGCAUGGAUGUGAACGCGUACCCUAAAGAAGGUUCUUAUGUGUUGACUCAAAAAUCCCUAUGGACACCAACAUUUUAACGCACGCGUUUACUUGAUGCUGGAUUACGGAGUCGGGGCGUCGCUGUGGACAGUGCGCAUGCGCAGAUGGCCAACACGAGCGAUCCCGGUGAAAGCAACGAGCCCUCGCUUCAGGACUAUGCUACCACUGCUUCUGCUGUGAAACUGGCCUCUCUCGGUCUCAUUGCAGGGGUCAGUGUGUUGGGAAACAUGCUGGUCUUGCUGCUGGUGGUUAAAGAUCGUUCUCUUCACAAAGCACCGUAUUAUUUUCUCGUUGAUUUGUGCUUGGGUGACAUAGCGCGCUCGGCAUCGUGCUUCCCAUUCACGAUGGCGUCUGUGGCACAUGGCUCGAUGUGGGCUUAUGGCGCUAUGAGCUGCAAAGCUGUGGCUUUUCUGUCUGCUCUGUUCUGCUUCCAUGCUGCCUUCAUGUUGUUUGGUGUGAGUGUCACGCGCUAUAUGGCCAUCGCACACCACCGCUUUUAUGCCAAGCGUGUGACACCAUGGACGUGUGCUGCCGUCAUUGGUGUUUCAUGGAUUUUGGCAGCGGCCAUGGCCCUGCCACCUGUUUUUGACAUGAACACAUAUAGAUUCAUGCAUGAGGAGGAGCAGUGCAUGUUUGAGCAACGCUACGCGAGGGCCAACGACACGCUAGGAUUCACUCUGAUGUUGGCUGUGGUAGUGGGAGCCACACACGCAGUGUAUGUCAAGAUGCUCUGCUUCGUGUAUGACCACCGCAAGAUGAAGCCAGCCCAGGUAAUCCCAGCUGUCAGCCACAACUGGACUUUUCAUGGGCCUGGAGCCACAGGUCAAGCGGCUGCUAACUGGAUCGCUGGAUUUGGACAUGGUCCGACACCACCCACUCUCGUGGGCAUCAGGCAGGUAUCACACAGUGCCAAUAGAAGGCUGCUUGUCCUGGAUGAGUUCAAGAUGGAGAAGCGAAUUGGGAAAAUGUAUUAUAUGAUAACUCUGGCUUUCUUGUUACUCUGGGCACCGUACAUUGUGUUGUGCUAUGCGCAAGUAUUGGUCAAGGAAAGUGGCAUGCCGCGGGCAUACGUGAAUGCUGCGGUAUGGCUGACUUUCGCUCAGGCAGCCACCAAUCCCCUCAUUUGCUUCGUUUUCAACAAGGAGCUCAGGACACGAUGCCGAGCCUGCUUCCCUUGCUGCUUGACUAGUCCUACACAAACGCCCAUGGAGCCAUAUUGUGUGAUCUAAAGAAAGUUUCUGGUCUACACCUAAAGUAUAUUUUUCUCCUAUUGAAGUAUUCUCAAGAAAUGUAGAUUAAUUUCAAAAACAACAACAACAACAACUUCAUAAGACCAAAAUAGAGCUGUAAUGAACUGGAUUGACAAAAACAGGUUGUCCAGCAUAGUAACUUACACACAAGUUAAUUAAGUGAGUAGUAAACCAUUACGGUGUGUGCCGUCACAGGAAAAUGAUCAACGAUCAGGUGGUGUGAUGCAUCACCACGCCUGGAUUGCAUAACUUUUUCCUAUUAUUUUCCUACAACAGCACAUCAUAAAGUGUUGUAUUCCUCUUAUACCACAGCAGUUUGCCAACGAUGAUCAUUUUGUGUCUAAUACCUGACGACAUAACAUACUUUGUGAACGGUUUAUAGUCAUGUUUAAUGUUGCGUAACGUCUGUGGGACAGAUUAGUUCCUGUAUCUAGUCUCAUCUUACAGCAUCUAUGAACAGUUUUACUUUUUAGAGUAAAGAAUACUUUCCCAUAGUGGAAACCCUGUUACAAUGCACUGACGCCCAAGACACCUGCCAUAAAUGUAAAACAAACAUCCACUUACAGAAAGCUUCUUUCUUAAAUAACACAGCACGUUUAAACCCGUUUAUUAUUAGGCUUUAAAUGAUGUGGCGCGUCCGCCGUUCAAGGCCCCGUGAAUGAGCUGUUGCUAUAGAAACGAGAGCAUAUCGGAACGAGCGCAUUAAUAUAAAUUCAAAUGUCAUUUGAAUUACAGCCAGCACUUUUGUCAGAACUGCUGUUAGGGAAAAUUAAUCAACACCCUGCGAACAGUCAGAUUCAAGAAUUCAACAGUGCUGUAGCAGAACUAAAUAAAACAUGAAAAGGAAAAGGGUGAAAAUAACACACUGAAGGCAAGAGGAAUAAUGUUUUUAAAAUUCUGCUUACAUAAGGUGUCUCUGUGUCUCUUUAAACAUUGACGUAUUGUCAUUUGAGGUAUGAAAAUAAUGAUAUAUACUGUAUAAGCAUGCAUUAUGUUCAUGCAGGAUAAGGGUACAUAAUGGGAUCACACAAAAGGUGGAAUGACAGGAUCUCCUUUCACACUUGACUGUCACUGAUCGUACAAGCCAACACUUAACAUAAAUGGUUUCAUCCCACAUGGCUGAAAGGUUUUGUUUAUUGUUUUUCAAGGAUUCUUUGGAUAGAUAAGUGUCGUCCCCCCCCCCCCCCCCACCCAUUCAUCCAUCCAAUGAGUAGGGAAACACUCAAUUGUAUGGUUGUACAUAAGACAUUUCUAUGUCCCAGGGGGACAAACCAAAGAACCCCAAGGGUUCUGGAUUGAACCGUUUUUAAGCGUGUAACAAACACAUUCAUAUGUUUCUCAACAAAACAUACUGUCUUUUUCUGCAACUUCUGUAUCAUUUAUUUCUACUUCUUUAUAUUUGCUGUGUAAUAUAUUUGCAAAGACAUUAAUUAACACAUUUCUUUUUCAUUUGGUGUGUCGGAAGUCUUUUUCUACGUGUAUCUCAUGGACUUCGGUGAUCUGGACGAUGCAGCAUCUUUUCACCUUCCUGUUAUUUUAUAAAAUCUUUUAUAUAAGGCCUUGAGCAAACUUUUAUUGAUGUUUUUUGUUAAUAAAUGAUAUGGACUGGUGUUACAGAGACAUUUGCAUUGUCUGUAUUGGAAGUCAAAUAAAACAUUGCCAUUCAAAUAUG